AUGGGCAAUGUACAUUUGGCAGAUAAUGGUAAUGCAGCAAAAAAUUCAAAAGAAUCAACAUUCUGGUUAUUACAAGAAAGUGAAGCAUAUUUAUAUUUUCAAUGGACUCCAUUUGUUAAACAUUCACAAGAUUCUUUACAAUUGAAUUUAAAGAAACAUGGUAUAACACAACAAAUCAGAGUUGAACAAACUGCUUUCAAAUUACAAACUAUUGGUACAGCAUGUACAAAUGAAAUGUAUACCAUUGAUCAUACUGAUUUAACAUGGUCACUUAUAAAAAAUGAUCUUUCAAGUAGAAAUUUAAAUUAUAAACGAAUUUUCCGAUUGAAAAAUGCUAAAUUAGAGCCAACAAAUGAAAAGCCCACUUAUAUAACAUGGGAAUUAAACGAGGAAACUUGCAAUCCAGCAGAUUUGAUAAUGAUUUUUAAAAAAGAUGCAUCUGGAUUUCAUCGUAUGCAUAUUGUUUCGAUUGACGAGACAAGUUUUAAUUUUAAUGAGGAAUUACAAGCUGAAGAAGAGAUUAUUCUAGCAGGUUAUCAUGAAAAUAAUUUUGGUUUAUUUGAAUUAGGUAAGUGUUGA